CCAGCGCCUGAGCCUACGCAGCGCGCUGAUGUCUGCGCAUUUUUUGUUUUGACGUUUCCGUUUUCUUUUCUUUUUUUUCUCUCACUCUGUUUAUGCCUGAGCUGGAAGCAUGACUCUUUCUUCGGUUUUCGUCUCGGAGCCAUAGAUGGCGUUUUUAGAGGAGCUUUUUGUAUUGAAUGUUAUCAUGGUUUCCAAUCACAUCUCACGCCGACCAGUCUACGACGAGCCUCGGUAGUACAGUAUGCUAUUUAUCAUAAAAAUGGAAAACCUUUCAUGUCAAGAAAAGGCGUCAGUCCGGUGAUGUGCGUCUGAAUAUCUUAUUUUUCAUCUCCACGUCAAUUGACACAUCUGGGAACGGGAUUUUACCCUCCCUUCUGUCUGUCAAGACAGCUGUGUCAUCAACAACCGGCGUGGUUUUGUUGUUGUCUGAUUUUUACGAGUCUGGGCAACUGGAUGGGGCUGUCGGCAUAGUCUCCCACUACGCGAACACAGCUGUACGGUGACCAAGGAGGGCUGUUUGUGGCACACAUCCACUUCUUCUGAGUCUUCUUCAAUACCAUGAGCUCUGGCUCUGCCCAGGAUGUGGCAGUCGAGCAUUUCUUGCGUGACAUAGAGAGGCGAAGCAAGCGGCUACACUGUGCUGUGAUAGGCUGCGAGGAGGAGCGAUCCUGCAGCGACAUGAACCUGCUGUAUCGUAAGAGCCGUUUGGACUGGAGGCAGAGAGAUCAAGAGGGAAGUAAAAAGAGCUCCACUCAAAACGAUCCAGCAGCUACCGUUGGUAAAGUUAGAGACUUGGCUUCUUUCCGACGGCACUUCCGGAUGGGUUUCAUGACCAUGCCCGCCUCCCAGGACCUGUCUCCUCACACCUGUGCCUCCGCCAUGGCGCCACGCUCUCAAUCCUGCCAUGCUGUUGGUGCCGGGGAUACAAGCCUUGAGAAUGGAGAUUACUCAGAGACUCAGUCCCAACAUGGUGGCCGCUGCCCCCCAGCAAAACCCAAACGCCAUCCAAGUACUCGCCUCAGCUCCUCAUCGGCUGACAGCAGAGGACCUCCUGAGACCCCCCCACCACCCCCACCUUCUCAUUCACAGACCAAACACUCAGAGAAGAAAAACACCAUGAAGAAGUCUGACUCUGGGGAGAUUGGAGCAAAGAAGGUGCCUCCUUUAAAACCCAAGAGAAGUCCCAGCACCCAGCUUACAUUUGACCCUCUUCCUCCACGUGUGCCUCCUUCUGCUACAUCCAUGCCCUUUCAGGCAGCAGACUCUCAAAAUCAGACAGGAGAUGGAGAAGAUGAGCCUGUAUAUAUAGAAAUGGUGGGCCAAGUGUUCACCAGAGACAGCCAGACAGCCACACCUCAUCCUGUCACCCCUGUGGCCACUACACCAGACUCUGACUCAGACCAGAGUGAGGCAAUCUAUGAGGAGAUGAAAUACCCGCAGCAGGAGAACAGAGAGUCCCAGAGACACCUCCUACCUAAACAUGAGAAACUGAAAUCCUCGAAACACUUCCAUGUCACCCCAUCCUCCUCUAGCAGCUCUUCGUCUCUGCCACGCCCUUCUUCAUCUUCCCCAUCCUAUUCCAAGCCUAAAGCCACAGUGUCAAUCUCUCAUUCAUCUCCUCUGCCUUCCUCGACAUCUUCCACUCCUAUACCCCAGGUCCUCUCCACCAGUCCCCACACGCCACGAGCUCCUACUCCUUAUCUACUGCAAGGGAGUAGAUCUGAGCCAGAAUCCAACACAAAGAUCCCAGCCCCUUUUCCCAAUCUUCUACAGCACCGGCCCCCGCUUCUUGCCUUCCCUCAGCCUGCAGCUGCCUCCAGUGGGGUUGGGGUGCAAACCAAGGCAUCGGCUUCUUCUAAAAUGGGAACUCAAACAUCCAGUGCAACAACUCAAGCCAGCACCUCCUCCUCAACUUCUUCUAAUGUUCCUGUUUCUCUGUCAGGGUCCAAGGAAUCAUCAGGAGGAAGUGCAACACAACAGGAUAAACAUAGCAGAGAGGCCCAGUUAGCCCCUGCACCUGGACUAAGAGCUAGGAGUCACUCAACACCACUACCUCCCUCUUCCAAAUCCACUUCUCCAUUUUCCCACCACCAUCACCACCCUCACCAUCGCCCCUCCCAUUACCAUCACUAUCGCAAGCCAGAUAGAGGAGACUCCCCUGCUCCAACCAAGUGCAGCUCUCAGUCUUCAAAUCAGGCCACAGUCCAGACACAAACUUCAAGUACCAGCAAGGAGGGCAAGUCUGUAAGCUUCCUCUUGAAGUCUGAAAAAGGAGAGAGGGAUAAAGAGAGGGAUAAGGAUAGGGACAGGGAUCGAGAUAAAGAGAGGGACAGGGGUAGAGACAGGGACAGGGAACGAGACAGAGACAAGGAGAAGGACAGAGACAGGGACAGAGAUAAGGAUAAAGAUAGAGACCGGGAAAGAGAAAGAGAAAGAGAAAGAGAUAGGGAUAGGGAUAGGGAUAGGGAUAGAGAUGGAGGACCACACUCAUUACCAAUAGAUAGCACUACAACCAGCCAAACGCCUCAAAGCAGCACCAGCUCCACACCAACGCCAUUAUCCUCAUCCCAGCGUCCUCAUUCUCGCCCACAUCUCCGCUCUCACACUCCUCAUGGUCUGCCAGCAUACAAGCCUCCCUCCUCAGACAGCCCCCUGCUGUGGACCUACCCCUCUGGUGGUUUCAGGAGACCACCAGCAUAUGAGAGCUUGAGAGGCAGUUCUCAGACUCCAUCUCUACAACAGGCUCUUACUGGUGUGGGAGAGGGAGCAUCUAAAAGUAAUGGAGGAUCUUCAUCACUCCAGUCAAAAGUUGGCUUCAUGCCCUGGGACAGCAGUGGCAGCUUAGCUGCAGAUGAAGGGUCAUACUGGCCUAUGCAGAGGAAACUGUCUUUUAGCCAUGGGAGCAGAGAGUCAGAGAAGGAUGAAGGACGGGCCUGGAAUGGCAGUGCUGAUGCUCUGUUAAGGAUGGAUAAAGAUGACCUCGGAAUGGGGUCAAGGGGAGGCCACUCAGGCAUCCCAGUACAUUUCGGUGGUGCCACCAACAGGGGCCUUGGUCACACUGAGUCCUUGGCAGGUGUUGAUAGCACCCCAGGAUUCAGAGCUCUGCCCAGAGCAGGGCUACCUCUUCCCUGCCAGACUUUUCCUGCCUGUCGCAACGGAGAAGUGGGGCGGCUGGGCCGCUCCUCCUCUGCUGCUGGAGUGAGGCAAGUGGGUGGAGGAGACGUCCAGAGACAAAGCAGUCUACCAGCAAGAGAAGCCCUAAAUCAGCUGCAUGGUAUGGCCCUGCCUCAAACACCCUGCAGUCCCCGUGGUCCCAGCGUGUCUCGGCAGCAACAGCAUCUCCAGCUUCACCAGCAGCAGCUGCAGUUGAAGCAGCAGCUUCAGCAGCUUCAACAACAGCACCACCUGCAGUUGCAGUUUCAACAGCUCGCCCAGUUGGCACAGGGACAGCCUUCUGUCAGUGGGGGAACCACCCCGUCCUCAAUGCAGACCCAGAGAGACGGGAAGCUGCUGGAAGUCAUUGAGCGAAAACGCUGUCUGUGCAAGGAGAUCAAGGCCCACAGGCGCCCUGACAAAAGCCUGUGUAAGCAGGACAGCAUGCCCAUUCUCCCUAGCUGGAGACGGACACCUGAACCACGAAAGACUGGCACGCCACCCUGCCAGAGGCCACAGGCCGUCGUGUGGGACACAGCUAUAUGAGGUGGACAGACAGGCCAAUCCCCAAAACACAGACAGGCAGAAGAUAUUUGAAAAAAUAAAAGUGAAAUGGAGAUGAUAACCAGGAAAUUCACAAGGAGGUUCUGGUGACAUGAUAACCACAAGGACAAGAGAGGCAAUGGACGAAGACAAAAACAUUCACUUCUGCUGGACUCUUCUUGUGUUACAGACUGAGCUGAAAAGGGUAUUAAGGAGACUCUGAACUUAUUUGUGAAAACAAAACAACCACCAAAAAAGGCUGAUAAAGAGGUGAAGAGAAAUAAGUACUACAAUCAGUCAGAAUUAAUUUCUUACGCAGCUAUUUUUAUCUGCUCUGUACUACGUACAACACUGAUGUGCUCUAUUUGCCAAUGAUUUUGCCACAAACACCAGUAUUAUCGCUACGAAAAAGGACAGCCACUAAAUACUAAUGAGUGGGUUGUUUACUGAGAUUGGUUUUGCCAAAUUUCCUCCUGACUACUUGAGACAUAAUUAAAUUGCAUAUUUUUUUUUUCCAAACCACAAGCAUAGAAAUUACUCUGUGGAUAAGAGAAGGCAAGAUUCAUAGAUAAGUUAUUGAAGUGUUUCUUGAAAUCGUGAAUGUAUAUGAAAUGUUUUGGUAUCAAUAGAUUGUCAUUGUGGAUGCAAAUAAUCAUCACUGAGAAGUAAAAGCUACCUACUGUAUCCGUUUGCAUAUUUGUAAUGUAAAUCUAUUUACUUUCUAAACGUUUCUGCAAUUUUAUAGCAAUAUUCUCCCACAGCUGGAGAAACAUAAUUAAAACUUGUGUCAACUAGCCUAACAUACAUAUCUAAGACUUGGAAAAAGUCAUAUUUACUGUGUCAUUCUCUGCAUGUCAUGAUAGACAUACAGUGUUGUAAAAGAAAAAAAAAGAAAUGUGUGUAGAGAUGAUCAUGUCAGACUUUGACAUACAGCAGACCUUCACUAAUAUGUGGUUGUAGAAAAAGAUGAAUAUGUUGCCGCAGGGUGUGGUGAGAACAAGUGGCACACCAGUGCAGUCCAGCCAAAUACAGAUACAGUUCAGUAGUACAAAAAAUCACUCAUGCUUUUCCACAGUUGCACAUUAGAGAUUGUUCCACCACACAGUGAUACCAAGCAAUGACACCCAUCAACACAGACUGUGCAAUACGGUGCAACUGAUGAGACUGUGAGUAUUGAUCACCUCAAAUUGAAUGCUGGAACAAUCUGCACAAAGCAUCGCAAAUGCUUAGGAGAAAUUAAACCCUAAUGUAAUGUAAAUAGAUAUGUACAACUGUAAUGAAGAUGUAGCAAUUAUUUCCAUUUUCAUACUUAUAAUCAAUACAUAUUAUGUAGCAUAUACUGUAUAAACAUAACUUUGUUCACAUUUUUUUCUAAAAUAAUUAAGUACUUUAUCUGCUGCAGCCAGUCCAUGCAUUACUUAGAGUUCUACUAAUAAACAGUAAACCCUCUAAAGAAAGGCACAGGCCAACAGUUGUUUAUUCAAAUUUAUGCAAGAUUCCCUUUAAGCUCUGUUAUCCAUUUAUUUCAGGCCCGUUUUCUACAUUCUAUUUUAUUUAUGUACAGAUUUUCACAGCUCCACAUUUUUUAAUACUUUGCUGCUAUCUUGAAUUUAUGGUAUUGUUCAUUCAACUUCAUGGUGUUACCAUGAAAAACUUGAUUAAUAUAGUGCUUAUUGUUACUUUAUCUUUUUUCUCUGAAAGCCACAUGAAAUGAAGUUUGUACCUUAAUGAGUCAGCCCUCCUAUAAUAGUUUUAAGGCGCUUGAAUGUUGUUGUUUUACUAUAGUACCAAACUGUACACUACAGUACAUCUGGUGAAAAGAAGACCUAUCUAAAUGUUUGAGAGUCACUGCUUGGCCUUUCUUUUUUGUUAUUUUGCGUUUUGUUCUACCUGCUCAUGUUUGAGGGGUUUUCAAGCUUACUGAGAACAUUUUCAAACAAACCAAGGUUGGGUUGAGGGGAAAUGGGCAAGUGCAAUGCAUGCAGAGAUUCCUUACACUGAAAUGUUCCAGUGAUACCUACUAUUGUGCCCAGUUUAAUUUCAAAUACCAGGUAAUCACCUUACUAUGAUUCCUUUUCACACACUGAUACAAAAUCCAAGGUAGGCUAUCAUUUCCAAAAUAGUUUACAGAAGCUGUUGGUUUUGUGUGUCUUCUGAAACAGUGGCCAUUAUAUGAGUGCCAUACUAUAUUGAUAUGGUAAGAUACGGUGUACCUUGGAAAUCACUGUAGUGCUAUAUUUGCAUUGAUAUUGUCAUUGAAAAUAAAUUUUAUAUAAUGAACUUUACACAACAAACAAAGGUGCUCCAUGUUUUAAUGUCACGUGUUGAUUUUUAUUACAGCAAGAGGGGAAAUGGACAUCGUGUUCCCGCAGCAUUCUUGCAAUACCAUUUGCUUCCAGGUGAGGGCUCCCUUCACUCCCCACUUGCUCUGCUGUGGCUCCAUAGAAGUGAUGAUAGUCACUACUUCAAUGUUGGCACACUUGAACUGACUAAUCAGAUAAACCUCAUAGUUCAAGUUUAAUAUAGUUGAUAAAGCUUUUUGCAUGCUGUUUCCGCCUUAACUUU